CUCGAAACGCUCUCUUCUCGCUCCCUCCUAGCCCGCGUUCAUAUUGUCCCAUCCUCAUCCAUCCUUACUGCCGUACUGCGCUGUCUUACACUGACUGUACUGCAUGUCAUCCUCAUCUCGCCCCGUCUCUUUCUUGGGCCAACUCCAAGUCGCUUCGUAUCCGUCAGUCUGAACUUGCUACGACUCCACACCCAAGCGAGCCUGUGCCGUGAACCUACCGGGUUGACCACAGUCAGGAGGGCCGCUUGACCCUGCAUCGCGUCCCAGUCUACGUUAAAGACUGCGCAAACCAGUCUGCCGUGCUCCAUCCGACGGCCUCUCCUCUUCUCGAGACCUCUUCCUCAUCUUCUUCCCUCGGCAUCUUCUAUUAUUCUUGCCCGGCAUUUUAUCUACAUAGAGACGGGUCUUCCUCCUUCUCCUCCACCGCUUCGCUUCGGCACUUUCUCCUUCUGUCCCGAUCAUCUAAUCUAACGUCAAUGCCGUCGGUGCUUGCAACCUCGCCAUUCGACCCCUCAACCAUUGCGGCAAGGUUCAUGGAACUAGCGGCCACUGCGUCAUCACCUUCAGCCCGAAUCUAACAUCCCCGCCCCCUCCUGCUCGAACAUCGCCCAGAUCCUCCGCCGCCUCGAUCGACUAGGAACCUACGUUGCAGCCACUUAACUUUCACCUCGCAAACCACCUUACAUCUUCUGUGGCGAUUCCGAGACUAGUCUCCUUUCCCGGCAGGUUGGGAACUGAGGCAGAUCUAACGGCUUCUCUUACGCCAUGACUUUGGUCUAGACCCGUAACAACACAAUUUGGACCUGACCCAUUUCUUUCGCUGCCCAGGACCUUUCCACACUCACCGAUUCUCCUCUACGGUGUCUCGUAUCGUACUACUACCAUUCUGUCGACUUCUCCGACGUUUGCGCUCUCGCCAUUAUCAAAAACCCUUUAGUACCCAUCCUAUAUCCUGAACAACCCCUACAUUAUUCACACUCGGCGAAUUGUAGCCAAUCACAUAUAGCGCAGACUCUGCCCACGAUGGCGGUAACUAACAUUCUCAUCUACCUGCUUCGACACGACCUACGCAUUGCAGACAAUCCAGUGCUCCAUCAUCUCGCUACUACUGCUGAACACGGCUUUACUCAUGUUCUCCCAGUCUACGUGUUCCCGGCACACCAAAUUGAGAUAUCAGGCUUCCUUCGCGAGAACGCCAAGUCCCCUUACCCCGAAGCACGCAGCCAAAUCGGCAAGUUCUGGCGAUGUGGUCAUCACCGCACCAAGUUCGUUGCAGAGUCUGUUUGGAAUUUGAAGGAAUCACUUGAAAAGGUGGGGAGCGGCCUGGCUCUCAGAGCAGGCAGGUUUGGCGACGUUGCCGACGACCUCCUUCAAGGCUUUGCAGACAAACAACAGAAAGUUGGCGCCAUAUGGAUGACCUCCGAGGAAGCUACCGAAGAGAAGAAAGACGAAAAAGACGUUUCUACAGCCUGCAAGAAGCACGGCGUUGCCUUCAAGACUUGGCUGGAUGAGAAGUACUUCAUUGAUGACCGCGACCUCCACUUCAAGUCUCCUGAUGAGCUAGCCGACGUAUUUACGGCCUUCAGGAAGACUCAAGAACCACUUCGUGAAAAACCAAGGCCCACGCUGCCACCACCCAGCAAGGGAUCUCUUCCACCUUAUCCGGACCAAGACACCGUUCCUCCACAGCGAAGUCCCUUUGAUAUCCCUUCAACCUUUGACGCUCUGGAGUCGGCCCUUCUCAAGCCUUUGACAAGCCCGUUUUCUGACGAACCUGAGUUUCCCGAAAAUGCCCAGUCGGUACACCCAUUCCAGGGGGGUGAAGUGGUCGCCCUUCAGCGGCUUGAUCAUCUAGUCAAGACGGGAGCCAUGUCUAGUUACAAAGAUACCCGUAACGGGCUUCUUGGGGUCGACUUUAGCACCAAACUAUCGGCCUACUUGUCGUUCGGCUGUUUGACAUCUCGGCAAAUCCACGAGGCUAUGGUUAGGUUUGAGGAUGGCCAAGAUGAUAAAUUCAAAGGAACUCCCGGAUACGGUAAAGGGGAAAAUGACGGGACUAAGGCAGUCCGUUUUGAACUGCUAUGGCGCGACUACAUGAGACUGUGUACGAGAAAGUUUCAAGAAAAGCUUUUUCGUGUUACUGGAUUCAAGGGGGACACAACGCCAAAGUGGAAGUCGGCAGACCCGGAAAACGUCGUCUCCGAAGACAACAUGGGCACGUCGGUCAAGAAGAUACAGCAAAUACUGCAACGGUUCCUCAACGGCACCACCGGUAUGGGGUUGAUUGACGCUUCACAACGAGAGCUUUGGCACACAGGCUACACAUCUAAUCGAGCGCGUCAAAAUGUGGCGUCCUUCUUGACCAAGCACCUUGGCAUCGACUGGCGUUAUGGCGCGGAAUGGUACGAGUAUCUCCUCGUUGAUUAUGAUGUCAGCUCCAAUUGGUCCAAUUGGCAGUAUGUCGCUGGAGUGGGUAACGACCCUCGCGGGGACAACAGAAUCUUCAACCCGGUCAAGCAAGCUUUCGAUUACGACAAGUCCGGAGAGUACGUCAAGGCUUGGGUGGUCGAAACACGCGAGAUCGAAAAGCUCGAGAACGUUUUCCAGUUAUGGACCACACCUCAAGAAGAGUUGGAGCGGCUAGGCCUAAGCAACAGCAUUCUGGUCACCGACCCUAUCAAGAAGAUUGAGUUUUCCGUGGAAGGGAAGCCUAAGACCGGUCGUCGGCAGUACAACAAUCGGAAGAGAGGGAGGGGUAACCCCAACCACAACGGGUCCGGCGGGGGAGGGCCCCGAGGACCGCCAUCCGCUACAGGAGGUCCAUUUGGAGGUCUAUCUGGAGGUCCAUCUGGAGGCUUUGGGCCCCAGAAUGGAGUUGCCUCUGAUCAGGGGUCCACCAGCCAUUCAUCCUCUAGGUCACCGCCGAAUGGACCGCAGGGAUAUCGGACAAACAGUGGCUAUCGUGGUGAUUUCCGUGGCGGAUAUCGUGGCGGGCGCGGUGGGCGAGGCGGCGGCUACCGUGGAGGACGUGGAAGCUUCAGUGGCAGAGGAGGGGGCUUCAACAACUCGCACUACGCCCCGAAUAUCCCGCCCAAUGGGCACCCCAACGGCCAGCCUCGCCCGCAAUGGACCACCACGGCAUCCGGUCCGAUCAUGUAGGUUAUUGGUCAAUUUGGAAUCAUGACUAGGGACAACCAUGGCGAAUAUCGAUAGCAUCCUGUUCCACCCCCGUCUCCCAACCAAACUGCUAGAUGGGUUGCUCAGAUGAUAGCUUAUUCAUCUGAUGGGUGUUUGGACAACACCGGACUGCGGUCGAUAACCCAAUACUACGAUGUUCCUCCACUCCCAUCCUGCGACAAAGAUGCCUUAAGACCUCGUUUGUGGUCAUGGCUUGGAGUAGUACGGGACUUGACUCGUUCUGGCGAGAUGGACAACGAUGAGCUGACAAUGGCAAUUCAAGACCAUGUCCCAAUCCAUCGAUCGGCAAUGGAUUUGAUGGACCAUUGGAUCACGGUUGCGACGUCACGUUCAUCUGUUGAUAAAGGUGCUCAAGGAGCAUAUCCGACAAACUCCCGUCCCUGUGAUGAAAACCGUUCCAAGGUGUCGGUCGAAAACCAGACUCAAAGAAACCCUGGUCUCAGUUCAAAGGUACGAGACCUCGCUCUAAUCAGCCAUAUGGUGACAUGAUGAUGGGUACCUCGUCUCUACCUCGGGACCAAUGCAUGUCAUCACAACCAAAUCCCGAAACUGUUCCUCGUGAGCUUCACAAGAGAGCGCAGCGGUUCACCUCUAUCUUUGGGUCAAUCAGGGCUCAAAGUCGAGCGUAAAAUUCUAAACUCGACACAUGGAGACGCCUCGUUGAUAGCCGUGGCAGCCUUCAAAGUGCACUUGUCAGGCUGUGUUAUGGUCAGAGAUCAGAACGAUGUGGAACGGUGUGUACGGGCAGUAGACAUUCCAUCAGAGGAAGUGUAAGCGUUUUGCUAUUUCGGGUGCACACUAGCAGCUUUUGUUUGCACUUAGAGCGUUCAUAAUUGACGUGUACUUUCUAUUUGUGAUGUUUUGCGAAACGUCGUACACGAAAUCGUCGCCCGUCGAGUUGAUCUGUGUACGGCAUGCAGCCAAAUGAAUGCAUGAAACCAGCCUUACUUCAAGCGCGGAGUCACUGUUGUCAACUUUGGCGCCCAUGGAUGGUAUGAACGUUUCCGCCGGAUUCUAAUGUCAACAAAAGAGCUUCCACCAGCUUCUUGUUCUACAAACCCGUGUAUCGACACAUUGUUGGCCGCUCUUUCGUUUUGCUCCUACAAACACAUUCCAAGUAAUUUCAACCGCCUGUAAUCGCCUCUGUAACGCCGUGGUAUGCGACAAGCCCUUCCUCAUCUUGCUUCUGCUUUUCUUCUUCGUCUUCUUCUCCUUGUCCUCCUCCUUCUGAUCAUUUAAACCUCGAACGGUAGCUUCCCCCACC